GACUAUAGAUUUGGGCAUUUAUCAGGAUGGAUAUACAAAUGUAUAAAUUAAGCGUAUGAAUAUGAGCAAAUAGAAACCUUAGAAUGGUCCUCCCGAAUGGCGAAUUCGAUGACCGUGACCAUGCAAAAUCAUCGUCUUCCUCCUCCUGCUGCUGCUGCGACCACCCCACUGUCAGCCAGCAGCAAGCACACUGUCGCCUUCACCACGCCUCCAAACUACGCAGCUCGCCUCUCUCACCUCCUCACCCUCAAGGGCUACAUUCCUCUUUGGUGUCCUACUGUUCUCGUCCAUCCGACUCCACACCUCCUUCUUCCUUACCUAUCUCCUCCCUUCCUCCAACCCUUCUCCGCACUUGCCUUCACCUCACGUACCGCUAUCCACUCGUUCUCCGCCGCCGCCGCCGCAGCCCGUCUCAACCACCCUCUCCUUUCCCCUCAAGGUGACACCUUUCUCAUCGCCGCUCUGGGCAAAGACGCGGAGCUCAUCGACAGUGACGUCCUGGCGAAGUUCUGUCACGACCCCAAUCGGAUUAGAGUUUUGGUCCCGCCGACCGCGACACCUAGAGGUCUGGUGGAAUCGCUUGGGGAAGGGAACAGUCGGAAGAUUCUGUGUCUGGUCCCACUCGUGGUGGGUCUGGAAGAGCCUUCCGUGGUCCCUGACUUUCUCCGGGACCUGGAGGCAAAUGGGUGGGCUCCGGUCAGGGUAAACGCUUACGAGACGCGCUGGGCGGGGCCGGAGUGCGCGAGGGAGGUGGUGGAGAGGUGCGAGAGUGGGGCAUUGGGUGCGCUCGUGUUCACGAGCACGGCCGAGGUGGAGGGUUUGCUGAAGAGCCUGCGGGAGUUUGGGUGGACGAACUUGGGAGAACUGGUGAGUGAAAGGUGUCCGGAGAUGGUGGUGGCGGCGCACGGGCCCGUCACCGCGGCAGGGGCGGAGCGGUUGGGGGUGAAGGUUGAUGUGGUGAGCUCCAGGUUUGACAGUUUUGAUGGUGUUGUUGAUGCUCUUGGAUUGAGAUAAAUGACCGAAGGUGUUCGGAAUUAUUGAUCAAGUGUCCCAAAAAUCGAGUGUUUAAAGAUGACCAAUUCUAAGAUACAGAUGAGAGCAAGAUGGUUUCAGGACUGCUUUUCUGGUUUAUGACUACUGAGUUCAUACGCAGACAUUAAAACCAAAUUGUUGGAGCAAUCGGAGUGAUGUUACUGUCUUGUGAGCCUCAGCCCAGAUAGCAGCUUCAGUGCCUCUUCCAUGGAUGGCCGAUCACAGGUCCUACUCCUAGUACAGAGCGAAGCAACUUCAAGAACCAAUUUGAUCUCCUCUUGCACAGAGGUUCUAGGAUCAACUUCAUUCUCAUUGUAAAUUUCUCUCACAACCACCUCUGUCGGCUUGCUAUGUAUGCUUGUUCCUGCAUUUGUCAGCUUGCCAUUGGUUAAAAUUUCCAGAACGAGCUCUCCAAAGCUGUAAACGUCCAUGUAAAGCUCGUCUUUUAUGGCUCUGUUGAAUUCACCUGUGCAAAGAUACAGAAAAUAAACCUCAAAAGGACUGCUUCUAGCUCAUGAGUAGAGACUGAGAAUAUAUAAAGCUAAUAGAUGCUGAAUCCAGAUGUCUUCAUUGUCUCUGUAGACAAAAUAGACUGGUUUUGAUGUCCUCUUUGAAAAAAGUAGAACUAAUUUGCUAUUCCUGAUUGUAUGCUAUGAUUGCCAAGGAAUAACAUUGGGGAUACUCUUUGACUUAAUAAGCAGAAACGUUCUUGAUUGGACCUGUAGUGAUUUUUCAAAGCCUAGAAAGUAUAUGUACAGGUUGUUCGGACAUUCUCUGUAAUCUUGGAAUGUCUGGUGAAACCAUUAAUUUUUUUUGUUUGACACAAAGGAAUAAGCUGUUCAUAAACAAGAAUUCUAGGAUCAGCUUAC